CUUGAGGUCAUGAGUGCUGUCCGCGAAGUCCAGUCAACCAUACAGGUCAUGUUAGCAAGACAAGAAUUCACAGCUGCCCUUGACUUGAUAUCCACGACACAGGACCUCCUCCAUACUGAGCUGAACACUAUAAGAUGCCUCAAACAUCUAAGUUCGGAACUUUCAGAACAUGAAAAGCUGAUUGAUAAGAUGGUAUCUGCAGAUUUCAUCAAGUACAUUACUGAAGAUCUUAAUCGACCACUAGAAGACACACAACCAUUUUUGGAGGAGGUAUGUAUACAGUAGGGAUUAUGUUGUAUC